AUGGCCGCACGAAGCGCCGCUCUCAAGGUCGACUGGGCCAAGAUCACAACGUCUCUCGGCCUGCGCGGCCAGACUGUGGCCAGUCUCCAGGCCUUCAAGAAGCGCAACGACGACGUCCGCCGCAAGGUGCAGAUGCUCUCGGAGCUCCCCACCACGGUCGAUUUCGCCCACUACCGCAGCGUGCUCAAGAACCAAGCCAUCGUCGACGAGAUUGAGAAGCGAUUUAAUGCCUUCCAGCCCGCCACAUACGAUCUCAACCGCCAGCUGAAGGCCAUCGAGGCGUUCGAGGUCGAGGCCAUCAAGAACGCCGAGGCCACCAAGGAGAAGGUCGACCUGGAGCUCAAGGACUUGGAGAAGACGCUUAAGAAUAUUGAGACGGCCCGGCCGUUCGAGGAUCUUACUGUUGACGAAGUCGCCGCGGCCGAGCCGUCGAUCGACGAGAAGACUGCGAAACUGGUGUCCAAGGGCCGCUGGGAAGUGCCGGGUUACAAGGAGAAAUUCGGCGACCUCUCUGUGCUAUAG